AACCCUUGCAGUAAAACAGGCAGUUAGACGCUCGUGAACUUAAAAACUUUUAGUACGGGGCGUUGUGAGGGGACAACUUUGCGAACAGUCGUUUCCCUUCAACAAAACUACCACUCCGACGGCAGAGACGAGAGAGAAGGACUUUCAUUCCCCUCCAUCAACCGGAGUGACUUCCACUAAUUUUUUCAGGGCAUUUUGUGAAGACUCUUCGUGGUACGUCCGCUCUUCUUUUAAAGCUAAAUCUGGAGCUGGAAGGUGGCUUCCUGAAGAAAAUCUUUGCAAAAAGUUGCAACUCAACCCACUGACAUCACAUCAGAGGCUGCAAGAAAAAACUAAAUGGCUCAAAGAUCCCGCAUUCCUUUGAUGCUUCUUGCAUUAUGCUGCCUGACAUCAGCAGGGCCUUUGCUUCGCAGUCCGUGUGAGCUGCUGCCGGUCGGGACUGGACACCCUGUGCAGGCCAUUCUGAAGAGCUUCACCGCCAUGUCAGGCUGUGCAAGCAAAGGCACCAUGAGCCUGUCUCAGGAGGUCCACGUCAUUAACCUGAGAGGACAUGCUGCAGAGGGCCCAGACAGCACGCCUGCAAGAGUUGAGCUGCAUCUCAAGCCCAUCCAGUCCGUGCGCCAGCACCAGAAGCGCUUGGUCUUUGUGCUUAACUCCCCCCAACCUGUGAUAUGGAAUGUUAAGGCAGAGAACCUGGCCUUGUACAUCCAUCAUACCUUUCAUGUAUCACUGGGCUCAGAUGUCCACUUUAAACAGGCAAACUUCUCCCUCAACAUUCGGACCCAGAAGGAAAACCUUCCCCAAGGCAACGAGCAUCUCCUCAACUGGGCCCAGAAGAAGUACAGGGCAGUCACCUCUUUCUCUGAGCUCAGGAUGACUCAAGCCAUCUACAUCAAAGUUGGAGAAGACUCAGUGCUUUCUGACACUUGCAAGAUUGACACCAGGUUCCUGUCUCUGAACUACCUGGGCAGCUAUGAGGAGCCACAGACGUCAAAGGGUUGCAUCCUGUCUGUGCCUAACAAAGAAGUACACAUCAUUGAGCUGCAAGCCCCGAACUCCAGCAGCGCUUUCCAGGUGGAUGUCAUUGUGGAUCUAAGGCCUCUGAAGGACGAUGACUUGGUGGUGCGAGAUGUCACAUUGGUGCUCAGAUGUGCAAAGUCUGUCCACUGGGUUGUCAAAGCCCACAAUAUGCGGGGGAAUCUGGAGGUUGUGGCUUCUGAUACAGUGACCAUUAACUCCCAAAUGAUAGAGACGACUUCCCCCAGACAGCCUUUGCCAUCAGGAUCACAAGCCUUGAUCAAGUGGGCAGUAGAGAACGGCUACAAUCCAGUCACCUCUUACACCAGCACCCCUAUGGCAAACCAUUUCAAUAUCCGACUGCGAGAGCAAGAUGUAUCGGAUCAUCUGGAGAGCAGAUUGCCUCCUGAGCUGUUCAACCUGCGUCAUUUCAGCCCUCUGCCAGAAAAAGGACCUGCAGCACCACGCUCCAGUCUGCCCUUUCCAUUUCCUGCACACUUGCCUGUCAGUUUGCCCAACCUGAACUAUGACGAUGAAGAGCCCGCUGAGGAUACAAACUUUUUGGAAGUUGAACUCAGCGUUCAAUGUGAAGAAAAGAGGAUGGUCGUCAGCAUUGACAGAAAGAGCCUGGAGGCAAAAGGAUUUGCUAAUGCCAGCCUCAUGCUGAAAAACCCAAAAUGCAAAGCAAAAGUCAAUGCAACCCACUACACACUGGAGACACCGCUGACUGAAUGUGGCACCAUUGAGUUUCCUAUGUAUAAUAGCCAAGAUGUCCUUUAUAUCAACUCUGUGACGGUGAUUUCCGACGAGGCGCAGGGUGAUGACGAUCCAAUCUCCACCUGGUUUCCCAGACUAGAAGAAGAUGUAGGGAGGACACAGGCUGAACCAAAUCCACCCGCUCCUUUGAUAAAUUUCAACUGCACAUACAGAGAAUCCAAGGAAGUCCCAAAUCCUAAACCUGAUUCUGAGGCAAUUCCAGUUCCGAGCAGACAGCCAGUCAACAGCAUAAGUUUUGAGAUGGAGCUGUACGACACUCGGUCUUUCAACGAUCCUCUGCAACAGCGCAUCUUCAGAGUUUCUGACCAAAUGGAAGUGCUUGUGCAGAUUACGUCAACAGCAUCAAACGCUGACAUUGGACUCACCAUCACCUCAUGCUUUAUCUCCCCCAGCUCCAACCCCACAGUGUCCUCUGACUACAAGCUUAUUGAGACAGUCUGUGCCGAGGAUAACUCACUUAAGUGGACCCAGAACUCUCAGGGGCACUUCUCGUUUUUUUCUGGAAAGAAGGGGGAAUCUUUUAGCUUCAUCUUCAACUCCAAAAUGUUGAACAAAGCAGUUCUUUUUCUGCACUGUGAGAUGUCUCUGUGCUCAGAGAAUUCUCAGAGGAAGCAGGAACUGCCACAGUGCCUGGACCCCAGAAACAACUGUACUUCUCUGACAGGGGAUACAAUCUUUGCGUUGAUGAGCACCAAAAGGUGUCUGACGAAGCCGAUCGCUGUGGGUGAUAACAGUGAGUCUCAAGAUUAUCCUCCAAAAAAACAUGAAGAAGCUGAGAUGUUUCUCUUGGACACCACCACGGUGGUGUUGAUCGCCUUCGCCGCCUUUGUUAUUGGGGUCCUGCUGACUGGGGCCCUGUGGUUUAUCUACACACACACAGGUGGGACCGCCAGAGCGCAGCCCGUUCAGAAGCCGCAGCCCGUCUCGGAGAACAGCAGCGCGGCCCACAGCAUAGGCAGCACACAGAGCACGCCGUGCUCCAGCAGCAGCACAGCGUAGCUCGGGACGCCUCCCCCAACGCACCGGCCGCAGUGCCUUCAUCCGAACCGGUUUGUUGGUCUUCUAAAGUGCGACGCAGAAAACAAA